AUGGAGUCUCGGCCACCGUCUAUCCCUCACCCCCCCUUUCCUCGGCCGUCGCUCUUUAGCGCUGCUCCUCAACACUCACGGCAGUAUGGAUCGUCCCAACAACCGCCGUCGCGACCGGAGGCACGAUCGCAAACAACCUACGAUUCGCUAAAUCGACCAGCAGACGAGCCCUCUCGCGUGAUGCCUACAUAUAAUUACGCCGCACAUUCCUAUAACCCGGAUUUGAGAUCUCAAACUCGGUCGACGUCCCCUACGCGUUUUGGCGCAAUGCAGUCGGAUCCAGCAAAACGCUCGGCGCUUGCUUCGCCUGUCAAGAAUAAUGGAAUUCUGGGGAAAGACAGCGCUUUUUAUCGUGACGCUCUGAAUACUCCGUACCCCUUGCUUUUCCGCUUAGACACAUCACCCACCUCUUGCUGUUUCGCAUAUACAAACCUCUCCUUAUAUAAGGCCCUGUUCCUCGAGACUGCCACAUACACAGAGACCAUCUCGCGAGCGAUUGUGUUAGAUUCAGGUGUUGUCUUUUGGCAGAUCUGUGUGACGCGCACUGUGUAA